UUAUGUUGGGCGUGCUUGUUUGAAUGAAAGUUCUCCAAGAGCGCAUCGCAAUGGACCUCGUCGUCCUGAACAUCAUAAGCAUUCUGGCCUUGAUGUUCUUUCCAAUGAAAACGAAAGGUCAACCAAAGACUAUUGACGCACUUGGGAAAGGCAUAGAGAGAAAUGCUCACACUGGUGUCGCUUUUGCCAGAUUUAAAGCUCACAAACUGUCCCACCUGAACAUAACAGCACUUGGAGCAGAUUAUGUCCACAGCAGUAAAGAUUGUGGACUUGCCUGUAUCAACACACCGUCGUGCUUUUCUUUUAACCUGGCUGCCGUUGUUGAUAUGAACAGUAAAAUCCUUUGUGAACUGCUUCCCUCGGACAUCCACAACAACUCGGACAAGCUGGUUGCCAAUCAUCUUUUUCAUCAUUUCAGCAUCUGGUCUCCGUGCUUAAACAGGCCUUGUCAAAACAAAGGCACCUGCCGUUCAAAUUACGAGAGCAACAGUUACGUGUGUGUUUGCGCGGAAGGAUACACAGGAAGUAACUGCGAAGCAGAAAGGAACGAAAUUAAAACACUUUGUUUCAUAAGUCCAGAGAGUGAAAAACAACAGCAACAGAAGUAA